AUGCCUCCUCCUCACACAGGAUUUGAGUUGUCUUCUAAAAUCUUUACGAUUUUGACUGGGUGGAAAAUUGAUAAAAAUAUUUUUUCCAUUACUUUAGAUAAUGCUUAUUUUAAUGAUACUUGUGUUGAACACUUGAAAAGUACUUUGGAUGUGCAUGAUUCAUUGUUGUGUGAUGGUGAAUUCUUUCAUGUUCGUUGCUCUGCUCAUAUUUUAAAUCUUAUUGUCCAAGAUGGAAUGAGAAUAUGUGGUGAUGCAGUGCAUAAGAUUAGAGAUUCUAUUAAGUAUCUGAGAAAAUCUGAAAGUCGAAUGGUUAAGUUUAAAGAAUGUUUUGAAGAUAUUGAGGGACUUGAGUAUACGACUGCAUUAUGUUUAGAUGUUCCUACUAGGUGGAAUUCACUUUAUGCAAUGCUUGUAAGUACUAUUCCAUAUAAGAAAGCUUUUGAAAUGUAUAAAGUAAAAGAUGCUGGAUUUAGGGAGUAUUGUCCUUCAUCAGAUGAGUGGAGAAGAACUGAAAAGAUAUGUGAUUACUUGUUAUCAUUUUACGAAACUACCAAGUUGAUGUCUGGAACUUCUUACCCAAUAUCCAACUUGUAUUUUUUACAAGUUUGGCAAAUCCAGCUUAUUUUAAUGAAUAGUUUGAAGAAUGAUGAAGUGCUUAUAAGGAACAUGGGAGAAAAAAUAAUGAUUAAGUUCAAGAAAUAUUGGGAGGAAUACAGUGUUGUACUUGCAUUUGGGGCAGUUCUUGAUCCUAGAUUUAAACCCAACACUUUGGUUCAUUGCUAUAAUGAGAUUGAUCCUAUUAGUGCUAAAGACAAAGUGGAGCAUGUGAAGAGUAAGUUAUACAAGCUCUUUGAGGUUUAUGACCACAAUUCCUCUACAACUGUAGAGAGUUCUUCCCAACUUCUAAUAUUUGAUGUCCCGUAA